GCCGACGUUGCGAAACUAGCUCCUACAUACCCACUUUGACCGUCUGCUCCAGCUGCAUCUUCAUCUCCAUCUUCACCAGAGCUCGCAUAGCUUGACGCGCGCCCGGCUCGGUCAGCCAGGCAUAGAGCCGCCCGUCAUGCCUGGCAUUGACUCUAUAGAACAUGAGAUAAAGGCAGACAGAGAUGCUCAUGAUGAUAGUGUAUUACAGCAGUACCCGUCGCCUAUAGCUGACGCGCCAGAGUCCACCUCGAUCUACCCCAACGACCCCGCCGGCCACGAACAACAGCAAACCGAGCAAACAGCGCCGUCAUUCGAACAUGAGCAUGAACAUCAACAUGGGCAAGUGCAAGCGGAAGAGUCUGAACCACCCCACCCUGAGAUGGAGAGCCAUGCCAUCACCAGUGCUGAGGAGCUACGAAUAGCCGCGCAGUUGAGUCAGGAUCUCAGUCAAGAGCUUGCCCACGGUAUCACCGCUAUUCUCGAUGAUCCCAACCAACCAACGAAUGCGACUAGUGAGACGGCUUUGCACAAUGGGAUUCCGCAACACGAGCACCAUCCGCCGCACCUCGAACCAGAACUGCAAGAACUGCCAAAGCAUGAUCACUCCGAGCAAUCCCGAGAACAAGAGCACGAGCAGCACGAGGACCAGCUGGCGCAUGAUCUCAAUAAUCAUGCCGAUCAAGACCUGUCGCAUGUUGAAGAGCCCACAGCAGCCAACGAGUCUCCCGUUGAUCAUACCGAAGACUCGCGACCACGGUCUCAAGAACAAUCAUCACAAUCCUCAUUCUUAGCCGACGAGCAGCAGUCACUGCAACAGCAGGCGCAUUAUAUGACAGAUCAGCAGCAGCCACAUCAGGCUCAACCAAUGCACCAACAAUAUGUUCAUGAUCAACACGUGCCACAGUCCCACUCUCAACCUCAGCUCUCACAGCAGUCACAGCCCUUGCAGCAACGUCCACUGCUCCAACCGCAUGGGGCUCUGGAUCAUCUCAGCCAACAGUACUCUGUCCAUUCCCAUCAUACUGGGCAGGACAACAUCCCACCUAGAAAGCGAUCAAAAGUAUCUCGUGCUUGUGACGAAUGCCGUCGCAAAAAGGUAAAAUGCGAUGCUGCGUCUGAAACAGGUGAAGAACCGUGUUCUAAUUGCCGGAGAUCCUCAAUUCGGUGUCUCUUCAGCAGGAUUCCCCAGAAACGUGGCCCAAGUAAAGGCUAUAUCAAGGAGUUGGCCGAUCGAAUACACAAUAUAGAGGGGAAGUUGGCAAGUGAAGGGAACCUCGAUUCGCUAUCGGAGCUGUUAGGAGGCGGCAGGCGCGGGUCGUCAGAUAUCUUCUCGCCUUCCACAGAACACGAGGAAAGCAGCCGGAAAAGACCAUAUUCCAGCAUAUCGGGUGCCGACUUUGGUACGCCUAAUCCAUCACGGCAAGGACAUUGGAGCUCGGAUCCGCGGCCAAUUCAGCCAUAUCAAACGCCUUCGAACGGCCCCAAGACAGCAUCGUACUCGACUAACGGAUUACCGCCACGGCCGCUGUCCAAACCGGACAUGGAUACACCGUCUCGAACAACUGCCUCACUCGACGAUGUCCCCAUGGAUCUCAACUCCUCGGCUCCUUCAAAGGAGCUACUUAACGAUGCUUUUGGAGUUUAUCUUAACGUCGUACACCCAUGUUUUCCAUUUCUUGCGAGCAGCAAAGAGCGCGUCGAAGCACAGCUAUCCCAAUGCCCAUCGCUUCUCCAAGACGCCUUCAUAGAAGCCUUCUAUGGUACAAUGCAGUCUUGUGUCUCAGCACCAGGGUUAUACACCACGGGCGACAUUGGCUCGACCACACGGGUUGUUGCUCAGUGGGAAUCCGACGCGUCACCUCGGAGCUCGAUCUCAAACCUUGUGCAUCUUCAAACACUGAUAUUGAUGGCCAUUGCCACUGAUAACUAUGGUACACCGUCUCUAAAGGGUGAACAUGGUGGUCCCUCGAAGGCAUCUAUCUUAGGGCGAGCCGUAGGGUUAGCAUACUCUAUGCGGCUUCAUGUGGCCAGUGUGAAUCCUGGUUCCCAUGAGCCGCGAGAUGGUGACUCUGACGAAAGUAUCGCCAUUCGCGCGUGGUGGACCCUCGUCAUCAUGGAUAGAUGGAAUGCACUGUCAACUGCAAGUCCGUUAUUCAUACCAAACGACAGUGUAGUGACACUCCCCGGGCUGGUCUCAGUGCUCGGCGAGAGUGUAUAUCAUCUUGCACGAUUAUCUAAAAUAUUUGGAUACUUCUCCCCAGUUUCUCUCGCACCUCCCCAAACGUUUCCACAUGACUCAAGAGCUGUACCGAUACUGAAUGGCUUCUUCAACCUCUCCAUUGAACUUUUCCGGGAAGAUCUCCCAGCUAAUAUAACCCCAGAAACGCACCCCCUACUCCACCUCGUGUACUGGCACGGCCGGCUUCUCUGCUACCUAUUUCAGUCAAAUGCGUUGUCCGAUGAUGUGAUAUGGGCUUGUAAGGGAUCUGCGGGUGUCUUACUAACCAACACGGCGCUUCUUAGCCCACUAAACCACCAUUUCUUCUCCCUGACGACUCUAUCACUUUUAGAGUUGGCGAGGUUAGAGAAGACAAAGGAGGAAGUGAUGCCCAUUCUCAAAGAUCUCUUAGAGCACCAACUAGCACCAUCCACUUGGGACAGUAUCAUACGAGAUCGCAUCACGGAACGGCUCCGGCCUUCCACAGCACAGUCUACCGCCGACCAGACCCUGCAGCAUUUGGCAGAGAUGGCCACGGCGUCGGGGAUAGGAGCGGCAAAGACUGGAAACCCUGCUGAACCAAGAGCGGUCAGGACAAGCACGACCUAUGCAGACCUCGGAUUCGACCCGCGACCCAUCCUUCAAACCGGUUAUCUUAAUGUGCUCGCUGGUAUCUCGCACUCCAGUAAUGGCACCAAUGGGCUGGAUUGACCUGCCUAACCGACUUAAGAGAAGGAAGACACCUGUUUCUCCGCAGAGCCCAUGACGC